CCCGCGGAACAGCACACUGGACACACUAUAUCCACACAUUAACUAGAAGAUUUCAUCUAUAUACAUAUAGUAAGCAAUAUCGGCUCUCCCGUCAAAACGAGGUACUGCGUUUGAAAAUCAGCAACUAAUUAGUAAAGAGUGUAUCAAGACAUCAAUCUGUAAUUAACAGGAGCAAAGAAGACAGUGCGGAGAUGCUGAGAAGCCGGCUGCACAGUAUGCAACUGCUGUUAUGUUGCUUGUUCGUCCUCGUCAGCUGUCUUGCUUACACACAUGCAACGAUGUGCAUGGCAAGACAGUUCCAGUGUGGCAACGGGAAGUGCAUCACGGAGAGAUGGGUGUGUGACGACGCGGACGACUGCGGCGACGGCACGGACGAGCUGCCCGGCACAUGCCGGGACAAGACCUGCAAACCCAGUGAAUUCAGCUGUGGGGGUCGGCUGAACCGGUGCGUGCCCAGUGGGUGGCGCUGCGAUGGCAAGCCUGACUGUGAGAACGGGGCGGACGAGGAGGGCUGUGCGCCCAAGGACUGCACAGACAACGAGUUCCGGUGCGGGAACGGGCAGUGCGUGUCCGCGUUGUUCGUGUGCGACGGUGACGCCGACUGCCUGGAUGGCAGCGACGAGGCUUCCUGCCUACCCAGCACCUGCAGCUCGGUGUCCUUCCGCUGCAACAACUCGCACUGCGUGCCCCGCCUCUGGGUCUGCGACGGGGACGCAGACUGCAGCGACGGCUCGGACGAGUGGCCCGAGAGCUGUGGCGGCCGAGCCCGGCCCACCCCCGCCAGGCCUUGCUCCCCGCGGGAAUUCCAGUGCGGCAGCGGCGAGUGCAUCCACAGCAGCUGGUGGUGCGACGGAGGGGCGGACUGCAGCGACCGCUCCGACGAGGCCAACUGCAGCCAGCCCACGUGUCGCCCAGACGAGUUCCAGUGUAACGAUGGCACCUGUAUCCACGGCAGCCGGCAGUGCGACCACGUGCACGACUGCAGGGACCUGAGUGACGAGCUGGGCUGUAGCAGAGUGACCCCGUGUGAGGGGCCCGGCAGGUUCAGGUGCAACAACGGAGAGUGCAUCACCAUGGACAAGGUGUGCAACAGGCAGCGUGAUUGCAGGGACUGGUCCGACGAGCCUGUGAAGGAGUGUGGUACCAAUGAGUGCCUGGUUAAUAAUGGUGGCUGCUCUCACAUCUGUAAUGACUUGAAGAUCGGUUUCGAGUGUCUUUGCCCUGCUGGCUUCACCCUUGUGGACAAGAGACGCUGUGAAGACAUUGAUGAAUGCGCCAACCCUGACACCUGCAGCCAGAUUUGUGUCAAUCUGGUGGGCAGCUACAAGUGUGAAUGCGGGGCAGGCUACCAGCUGGACCCCAGGACCAAAGACUGCAAGGUCGUUUCAGCCAUUGUGCCUUACCUGUUCUUCACCAACCGUCAUGAGGUGAGGAGGAUGACCUUGGACCGCAGGGAGUACACGCACUUCAUCCCUCGCCUGAAGAACGUGGUGGCCCUCGACGUGGACAUCCCCAAUAACAGGGUCUUCUGGUCUGACCUCUCACAGAAGAAGAUCUACAGCACCCACAUGGACACAGCUGCCAACCCCUCCCACCACGACACGGUAAUUGACGGUGACGUUGGUGCUCCGGAAGGCAUCGCCAUAGACUGGAUCCACGGGAACAUCUACUGGACCGACAGCAUAUACGGUACCAUCUCCGUGGCGAGUUCAGAUGGAUCCCGCCGCAAGACCCUCAUCAAGCAAGGCCUGGCCAAACCCCGAGGCAUUGUAGUCGACCCAGAACACAACUUCAUGUACUGGACUGACUGGGGCACCCCUGCCAAGAUUGAGAAGGGGGGGCUGAAUGGAGCAGACCGCAUCACUCUAGUGACAGACAACAUUGAGUGGCCUAACGGCAUCACCCUCGACAUGAUGAACCAGCGGCUCUACUGGGUGGAUUCCAAGAUGCACACACUCUCCAGCAUCGACGUCCAGGGCGGGGGCCGCCAUACGCUCAUCUUCGACGAGCACAAGCUGCAGCACCCUCUCUCUCUCACGGUCUUUGAGGAGAAAGUGUUCUGGACUGACAUUGGGAACAACGCCAUCCUGAGCGCUAAUCGCCUGACAGGAAAGGACAUCUCAGCACUGGUGGAGAACCUGGCGUCCCCUGAGGACAUAGUGCUGUACCACAGCCUCAAGCAGCCCAUUGGCAAGAACUGGUGCAAGGAGAGCCACAUUCAUAAUGGAGGCUGCGAGUUCCUAUGCCUUCCUGCCCCCCAGAUCAACAAGCACUCCCCCAAGUACACCUGUGCCUGCCCGGAUCACCUGAUGCUGGGCCCAGACAUGAGGACGUGUGUGCCAGGCAACCCAAAUAGAAUUGCUGCCACGCCCAGUCCGGCCGAGUCUUCCUCCACUGCUCUGUACGUUGUGAUGCCCAUAGCGAUCAUGUGUCUGGUGGCUUUUGGCGCUGUGCUGCUGUGGAGGAACUGGAAGCUUAGGAACACCGUCACCAUUAACUUCACCAACCCCGUUUACCAGAAGACCACGGAGGACGAGGUGCACAUCUGCAGGAACUACAGCCAGGAAGGCUUUUCAUAUCCACCGCGGCAGAUUGUGAGCCUGGAUGAUGAACUGCCAUGAUUUCUACCUUGAAGGAAAACAAGACUGAGAAACAGAAGUGAUGAGAGGAGUAAGGGCAUUAAACGCAAGCUGCUUGGAGAUCUGCCUCAUUCUCUCACAACCUGGACUGGAAACGCAUGGCCAUUCACCCAUGAAUUUGGGGAACCUUGGGAACUUGGGGAACUGGGGAAUUUGUAGAAAGUUUUACCUGUAAAAUGGAAAACAGCACCAAGAAGAGUAUUCUGAACAGGAAAGGCCAUUUACAUUUUCCCCAACUUCAAUGUCCAUACUAUACUUGUUUUGGUUUGGGGAACACAACCAAAGAACAAAAAAAUCUGUAUACUCAGAACAGUCUCUGACCAAUGGAAGACUAUGACUGAGCAGAUCUGUCCAAAUGCACUUGACAUAUUAACACCAAUCAGCGUUUCCACCACAGGUAAAAUUUGCA